GUUCUCAUUUCCCCCCUGUCUCUGCUGGGUGUCGGGACUCGCUCGGUGCCAUUUGGGGACCCCUCCCCAGCCCGGGGACCCCUCCCCAAAUGGGCCCCCCGCUGACCCCCCCUCUUUUCUCAGUGUCCCACCCGCUGGUACUGGAAGUUGGUGCCCCACGCCAUCGCCUUCUGUUUGAAGGAAUCGGGGAAUAAACCUCCGGUGAUUCGGUACCGGAAGGACAAAGGGGCCCCUCCGGCGCCCCCCCCAUUCCCACCUGUGAGGGGCCUGCAGGAUUUGGCCAGCGGUGGGGUCCUGGCGGCCGCCAUCCACUUCUACUGCCCCCAAUCCCUGCGCCUAGAGGAAAUCCGCCUGGGGACUCCGCUGGCGCUUCCGGACCGGCUUCACAACCUGGGGCUCGUGCGCGACUUUGGCGCCCGCCACCUCCGCACGCGCUGCCCGCUGGCUGUGGAGGACCUGCUCUACAUGGCACCGGCCCUCAAGUUGAACGUGGGGGCUUUCCUGGCCGAGCUGUUCCUGUGCUUCGAGGUGCUGAGACCCCCCUUUGUCACCCCCCGGCAGCUGGAGGGGGGCUCAGAAUCUCCAGCUGCCGGUGAAGCCCCGAACCCCAAAAGCAGCUCCCCUGGCUUCAACUUCCGGCACCCCCUGUUGGCAGGGGGGGGGCAGCCCCCAGGUCUCCUGCCCCACUCCCCCUCCCUCCCCCACGGCGACGCCUUCGGGAAGGGCUGGAGCAAGAGACCCCUCAGCCACCCCCUGUCCCAAGCCGUGUCCUUCAGCAUCCCCUUCGGCCUGGACAGCGACGUCGACAGGGGCUUGCUGCGCUUCACCGACGGCCAGGAGGACGAGCAGGACGAGCAGGAGAUUCAGACCCGCAGCUCGCUGCGCUUCGCCGACGGCCAGGAGGACGAGCAGGACGAGCAGGAGAUUCAGACCCGCAGCUCGCUGCGCUUCGCCGACGGCCAGGAGGACGAGCAGGACGAGGAGGAG